GCUUCAGAAAACGUUCUCUCCCAUCUGUCAGUCUCCUUACUUGAGCCCCCAGGAAAUACACCGACAUACGAUGGCAGCUGCUGAGCGCGGCGGCCUGAGUCUGUCCGACUACGCGUCGCCUCCGAGUCGGCUCGUGCGUAACGGCGGCCGUCGGUGAGAAAUGGAUAGUGAUCUUAUCUUGUCUUAUCUGAUAACACAAGUGGCUAAUCGGCAUCGUGAUUGGCGCGCAUCCAUCUGACUGCAGGCUACUUCUCAAAGCCAUGCCAGGAAACGUUCUCUUCCCAGCAGGGAACAAACCGAAUCCUGCGAUCAUCGCGGUUGGAGGAACACCUUGGCAAGGCUUCUGUCGAGGAAGGCCUGGAUAUCUAUGCCAUUCAUUCAUUGGGCGAGUACACCCCGCAGGAGCCGAUGUCCUUCGUACACCAGUCCAUGUCCAGGAUGCCGAUCGAGUCGACAUUAAAAGCCCUGUGGGUACAUAGUCACCAAUCACCUCCUGCCAACGCAUCUUCACUACUGAACAGUCGACGAAGGUACUUCGACCUGGGUACAGUGUUAACAUGUCAGACUUGAAUCUCGAACGUCUACAGCAGCUUCAACGAGAAUGGCUACCACAAUCCAUCCUCGCAUCGCAAUCAUCGGCGGAGGCCCCUGCGGCCUCACCCUCGCCCUCACGCUCCACCGCCGCGGCAUCUCAUACACCGUCUACGAGCGCGAGACGGACCAGGAGGCUCGCGCCCACCUCGGAGGCAUCCUCGACGUCGGGUACGACAGCGCUCAACGCGCCCUACGCGAGAACGGCCUCGGCAAGGUCUUCGUGCGCGUCUCUCGCCCCGAUGCGGACACAUUCCGCACAUACGAUUCCGCAGGCAACCUCCUCUUUGCCAAGGAUGCCGACCCGAACCAGGACCCUCUCGACCUUCGCCCCGAGAUCGACCGCCCGGUGCUGCGAAGGAUCCUGCUUGACGCCAUCCCCGCCGACACCAUGAAAUGGGGCCACGAGCUGGCAUCCGUGCGUGAGCUCGGGAACGGCGAGCGCGAGCUCAAGUUCACGAACGGCUCUACCGCCACCGUCGACAUCCUCGUCGGCGCCGAUGGCGCGAACUCACGUGUCCGUCCGCUCGUCUCAUCGGCCGUCCUGAUAUACCACGGCGUCGCAGGGGUCGAGAUCUCCAUCCCACCGGAGGACACGAAGAAGCCUGAGCUGCAGGACACCGUCAAUAUGGUCGGCGCCGGCAGUAUGUGGCCCUUCGGGGACGGGAAGGUGUUCGGCUCACAGGUCAACGGCGACGGCCGCAUACGCACCUACGCAUGGCUUGCCGGUCCCGAGGACUGGAAGCUCCUGAACGAGCCAGCCGAGGCGCGCAAGGUCUUGCUCGAGAUAUUCAAGAACCGGGCACCCAGCCUCCGCAGGCUCAUCGAGUACUGCGACGACAACGCGAUCUACCAACGCUCCGUGUACCGCUUGCCGCUCGACCACGUCUCGGGCGUGACGAUCCUUGGGGAUGCAGCGCAUCUCAUGAGCCCAGCCGCGGGUGCAGGUGUCAAUCUGGCGAUGCUUGAUGCGCUGGAGCUCGGGAUUGCCCUUGAGGAUGCAAUCAACAGCGGGAAGAGCGUGGAGGGGCGGGAGGCUGCCGUAGCGGCAUGGGAGGAGAAGAGAAUGGAGGCAGCGAAUCAUCUCGCUGUCAUUGCCAAUACCAACGUCCAGGCUUGGACGAGCACGGAAGACCCUGCGAGCAUGCUUCAGUCGAUGUUCAAGGGUAUGGGUGACUCCGCGGUGAGGCGGAAGGCUUGAUAGGUCUGGAUCGGAAAUAUUAGUCACUUCAUAUUGUCUCUGUCUGGAAUGCGUGCUCAGGCUGCCCACUGAAACGGACUUUAUGCUGCACAUUAUACUGUAGAUUAUUGACCGUCUUCCGCAUGGGCUCUGCAGAUUCUAUUCAGCAAUAUCGAAUAAAC